AAGGGACGAUUCGAGGCGUAUGCAGAAAGUAUAAGUAGAGUUUUCGUGUUGGACUCAAACAGAACAUAAUAAGCAACUAAAGCCAAACCCUAAUUUCUUCUGUUCCAUCUCCUUCCCAACCAGACAGAGACAUACCUUCUUCCGUUUCUUAGUAUUCUCUUCUCCUUUUCUUCACCUCUACUCCCUUCUUUCGUUUUGGUGGUGGCCCAAUUUUUAAUUUUUGGGUUGUUUUAAAUCUGCAGAUUCCGAUUUCAUCAUGGCCAAAACCUCUUUCAAGCUUCAACAUCCUUUCGAAAGAAGGCAGGCCGAAGCUUCUCGCAUUAGAGAGAAAUAUCCUGAUAGAAUACCUGUGAUUGUGGAGAAAGCUGACAGAACUGACAUUCCUGACAUUGAUAAGAAGAAAUACCUUGUCCCUGCUGAUUUAACUGUUGGCCAAUUUGUUUAUGUUGUCCGCAAAAGGAUUAAGCUCGGUGCAGAGAAGGCUAUUUUUGUUUUCAUCAACAACACUCUACCUUCAACUGCUGCUCUGAUGUCUGCUAUUUAUGAGGAAAAUAAGGAUCAAGAUGGCUUUCUUUACAUGACUUACAGUGGAGAGAACACCUUCGGAUCCCACUAGGCAUAAUACAUGUUAACUUCUGUAAAUAAAUCCUGAUAUUCUCUGCACCCAAUUGUCAGUGCACGGCCCCUUUUUAGUAUUGUUAUCCUACACUUUGAUUAAGCUUGUUAUCUUUGAAUUAUGAUUUGAUUAUCAAUGCAUGUUCUUUUGGAGAA